GGUAUCGGAUAAUUCGGAGCAGAGCGAUUUCCAAGAACGAAAUGGUUGAGCGAUCCAAACGGAUCUACGAGCAGCUGCCCGAAGUGCGCAAGAGACGGGAAGAAGCCAAGAGAAAAUCGGAAUAUUCCACCAACCGCUUGAAGGCCCAGCUGUACAAAACGAAAAUCACCAAUCGUGUCUUGGGAAGGAAAGUGCCCUGGGAAUGAGGCAGAAAGAAGGGAAGGAAAAGGAGAAGAAAAAAAAAAACCCAGAGCGACGGACGUCCUGUUUAAUAAACCUUAUUGCACGAAGUAGGGUUUUUAACCUCUUUUUUAACAUUUUUUUUUUAAAAAUUACGAACUUUGUGCCUAUGACGUAGAUUCCUCGGGCAGUUUCCCUCCCCUUAGAUUUUCCUGACCUUCCCUGGGGGGGGGGUGUU